CGCAGCCCCCGAGAGCCGCCGCCGCUGCUCAGACUCCGGGGUUGGGUGGAGGAAAGGGGUGUUCGGAAUCGAUCCCCAUUUUCCGACCUUCUUGUUGGACAUUACGCCCACCUUGGACGCCGCAAGAGGAGCUGUCAAGCCCCGCAGGCUCUGAUUCGGCGCCCUCCGCGUUCCUCGGUUGCUCCUGGCUUCCCUGUGCCUCGGUGGAGUAUUUGCGUUCGGGGCUGGGGCUGGAGGAGGCAGCCACACGCGCGCACACGCACACGUUCAGAGGAGGGCGAGAGGCAGCGGCAUAGGCUCCAUCUGCAGUGUCAAUGCGGCGCUCCCGCUGAAGGAGGGAAACGCGGCGCGUCCAGUAGGGGAGACUGCGUUGCUGAGUCCUGGCCCUCCGAGGGGACGACUGUGCCUGAGUGCUGCUGUGCCACUGGGACCCGCCUCUGCCAUGAAAGCCAUGCCCUGGAACUGGACCUGCCUGCUCUCCCACCUCCUCAUGGUGGGCAUGGGCUCCUCCACUCUGCUCACCCGGCAGCCAGCCCCGCUGUCCCAGAAGCAGCGGUCAUUUGUCACAUUCCGAGGGGAGCCCACCGAGGGUUUCAAUCACCUGGUGGUGGAUGAGAGGACAGGACACAUUUACUUGGGGGCUGUCAAUCGGAUUUACAAGCUCUCCAGCGACCUGAAGGUCUUGGUGACGCAUGAGACAGGCCCGGAUGAGGACAACCCAAAGUGUUACCCACCCCGCAUCGUCCAGACCUGCAAUGAGCCCCUGACCACCACCAACAAUGUCAACAAGAUGCUCCUCAUAGACUACAAGGAGAACAGGCUGAUUGCCUGUGGGAGCCUGUACCAAGGCAUCUGCAAGCUGCUGAGGCUGGAGGACCUCUUCAAGCUGGGGGAGCCUUAUCAUAAGAAGGAGCACUAUCUGUCAGGCGUCAAUGAGAGUGGCUCAGUCUUUGGAGUAAUCGUCUCCUACAGCAACCUGGAUGACAAGCUGUUCAUUGCCACGGCAGUGGAUGGGAAGCCUGAGUAUUUUCCCACCAUCUCUAGCCGGAAACUGACCAAGAACUCUGAGGCGGAUGGCAUGUUCGCAUACGUCUUCCAUGAUGAGUUUGUGGCCUCGAUGAUUAAGAUCCCUUCAGACACCUUCACCAUCAUCCCUGACUUUGACAUCUACUAUGUCUAUGGUUUUAGCAGUGGCAACUUUGUCUACUUUUUGACCCUCCAACCUGAGAUGGUGUCUCCACCAGGUUCCACCACCAAGGAGCAGGUAUAUACAUCCAAGCUCGUGAGGCUUUGCAAGGAGGACACAGCCUUCAACUCCUAUGUAGAGGUGCCCAUUGGCUGUGAGCGCAGUGGGGUGGAGUACCGCCUUCUGCAGGCUGCCUACCUGUCCAAAGCGGGGGCCAUGCUCGGCAGGACCCUUGGAGUCCAUCCGGAUGAUGACCUGCUCUUCACCGUCUUCUCCAAGGGCCAGAAGCGGAAAAUGAAAUCCCUGGAUGAGUCAGCCCUGUGCAUCUUCAUCUUGAAGCAGAUCAAUGAUCGCAUUAAGGAACGGCUGCAGUCCUGUUACCGGGGCGAGGGCACUCUGGACCUGGCCUGGCUAAAGGUGAAGGACAUCCCCUGCAGCAGUGCGCUCUUAACCAUUGAUGAUAACUUCUGUGGCCUGGACAUGAAUGCCCCCCUGGGAGUGUCCGACAUGGUGCGUGGGAUUCCCGUCUUCACAGAGGACAGGGACCGCAUGACGUCUGUCAUCGCAUAUGUCUACAAGAAUCACUCUCUGGCCUUUGUGGGCACCAAAAGUGGCAAGCUGAAGAAGAUCCGGGUGGAUGGACCCAGGGGCAAUGCUCUCCAGUAUGAGACGGUGCAGGUGGUGGAUCCUGGCCCAGUCCUCCGGGAUAUGGCCUUCUCCAAGGACCACGAGCAACUCUACAUCAUGUCAGAGAGGCAGCUCACCAGAGUCCCUGUGGAGUCCUGUGGUCAGUAUCGGAGCUGCGGCGAGUGCCUUGGCUCAGGCGACCCCCACUGUGGCUGGUGUGUGCUACACAACACUUGCACCCGGAAGGAGCGGUGUGAGCGGUCCAAGGAGCCCCGCAGGUUUGCCUCAGAGAUGAAGCAGUGUGUCCGGCUGACGGUCCAUCCCAACAAUAUCUCCGUCUCUCAGUACAACGUGCUGCUGGUCCUGGAGACUUACAAUGUCCCGGAGCUGUCAGCUGGCGUCAACUGCACCUUUGAGGACCUGUCAGAGAUGGAUGGGCUGGUGGUGGGCAAUCAGAUCCAGUGCUACUCCCCUGCAGCCAAGGAGGUGCCCCGGAUCAUCACAGAGAAUGGGGACCACCAUGUCGUACAGCUGCAGCUCAAGUCAAAGGAGACUGGCAUGACCUUCGCCAGCACCAGCUUUGUCUUCUACAAUUGCAGCGUCCACAAUUCGUGCCUGUCUUGCGUGGAGAGUCCAUACCGCUGCCACUGGUGUAAAUACCGGCAUGUCUGCACCCAUGACCCCAAGACUUGCUCCUUCCAGGAAGGCCGAGUAAAGCUGCCCGAGGACUGCCCCCAGCUGCUGCGAGUGGACAAGAUCCUGGUGCCUGUGGAGGUGAUCAAGCCUAUCACGCUGAAGGCCAAGAACCUCCCCCAGCCCCAGUCUGGGCAGCGUGGCUACGAAUGCAUCCUCAACAUCCAGGGCAGCGAGCAGCGGGUGCCCGCCCUGCGCUUCAACAGCUCCAGCGUACAGUGCCAGAACACCUCUUAUUCUUAUGAAGGGAUGGAGAUCAACAACCUGCCCGUGGAGUUGACAGUCGUGUGGAAUGGGCAUUUCAACAUUGACAACCCAGCUCAGAAUAAAGUUCACCUCUACAAGUGUGGAGCCAUGCGCGAGAGCUGCGGGCUAUGCCUCAAGGCUGACCCAGACUUCGCAUGUGGCUGGUGCCAGAGUCCGGGCCAGUGUACCCUGCGCCAGCACUGCCCUGCCCAGGAGAGCCGGUGGCUGGAGCUGUCUGGUGCCAACAGCAAGUGCACGAACCCCCGCAUCACAGAGAUAAUCCCAGUGACAGGCCCCCGGGAAGGGGGCACCAAGGUCACUAUCCGAGGGGAGAACCUGGGCCUGGAAUUUCGCGACAUCGCCUCCCAUGUCAAGGUGGCUGGUGUGGAGUGCAGCCCUUUGGUGGAUGGUUACGUCCCUGCAGAACAGAUCGUGUGUGAGAUGGGGGAGGCCAAGCCCAGCCAGCACGCAGGCUUCGUGGAGAUCUGCGUGGCUGUGUGUCGGCCUGAAUUCAUGGCCCGGUCCUCGCAGCUCUAUUACUUCAUGACACUGACUCUCUCAGAUCUGAAGCCCAGCCGGGGGCCCAUGUCCGGGGGGACCCAAGUGACCAUCACAGGCACCAACCUGAAUGCCGGAAGCAACGUGGUAGUGAUGUUCGGGAAGCAGCCCUGUCUCUUCCACAGGCGAUCUCCAUCCUACAUUGUCUGCAACACCACGUCCUCAGAUGAGGUGCUAGAGAUGAAGGUGUCGGUGCAGGUGGACAGGGCCAAGAUCCACCAGGACCUGGUCUUUCAGUAUGUGGAAGACCCCACCAUCGUGCGGAUUGAACCAGAAUGGAGCAUUGUCAGUGGAAACACACCCAUCGCCGUAUGGGGGACCCACCUGGACCUCAUACAGAACCCCCAGAUCCGUGCCAAGCAUGGAGGGAAGGAGCACAUCAAUAUCUGUGAGGUUCUGAACGCUACUGAGAUGACCUGCCAGGCACCCGCCCUCGCUUUGGGUCCUGACCACCAGUCAGACCUGACCGAGAGACCCGAGGAGUUUGGCUUCAUCCUGGACAACGUCCAGUCUCUGCUCAUCCUCAACAAGACCAACUUCACCUACUAUCCCAACCCAGUGUUUGAGGCCUUUGGUCCCUCAGGAAUCCUGGAGCUCAAGCCUGGCACGCCCAUCAUCCUAAAGGGCAAGAACCUGAUCCCGCCUGUGGCUGGGGGCAAUGUGAAGCUGAACUACACUGUGCUGGUUGGGGAGAAGCCGUGCACCGUGACCGUAUCAGAUGUCCAGCUGCUCUGCGAGUCCCCCAACCUCAUCGGCAGGCACAAAGUGAUGGCCCGUGUCGGUGGCAUGGAGUACUCCCCGGGGAUGGUGUACAUCGCCCCGGACAGCCCGCUCAGCCUGCCCGCCAUCGUCAGCAUCGCGGUGGCUGGUGGCCUCCUCAUCAUCUUCAUCGUGGCCGUGCUCAUCGCCUAUAAACGCAAGUCCCGCGAAAGUGACCUCACACUGAAGCGGCUGCAGAUGCAGAUGGACAACCUGGAGUCCCGUGUGGCCCUGGAGUGCAAGGAAGCCUUUGCCGAGCUCCAGACGGACAUCCAUGAGCUGACCAGUGACCUGGAUGGAGCCGGGAUUCCGUUCCUGGACUACAGAACCUAUACCAUGCGGGUGCUGUUCCCAGGAAUUGAAGACCACCCUGUCCUCCGGGACCUCGAGGUCCCAGGCUACCGGCAGGAGCGUGUGGAGAAAGGCCUGAAGCUCUUCGCUCAGCUCAUCAACAACAAGGUGUUCCUGCUGUCCUUCAUCCGCACGCUCGAGUCCCAGCGUAGCUUCUCCAUGCGCGACCGUGGCAAUGUGGCCUCGCUCAUCAUGACCGUGCUGCAGAGCAAGCUGGAGUACGCCACUGAUGUGCUGAAGCAGCUGCUGGCCGACCUCAUAGACAAGAACCUGGAGAGCAAGAACCACCCCAAGCUGCUGCUCAGGAGGACUGAGUCGGUGGCUGAGAAGAUGCUGACCAAUUGGUUCACUUUCCUCCUCUACAAGUUCCUCAAGGAGUGUGCCGGGGAGCCCCUCUUCUCUCUGUUCUGUGCCAUCAAGCAGCAGAUGGAGAAGGGCCCCAUCGACGCCAUCACGGGUGAGGCCCGCUACUCCUUGAGCGAGGACAAGCUCAUCCGCCAGCAGAUUGACUACAAAACCCUGGUCCUGAGCUGUGUCAGCCCAGACAAUGCCAACAGCCCCGAGGUCCCAGUAAAGAUCCUCAACUGUGACACCAUCACUCAGGUCAAGGAGAAGAUUCUAGAUGCCAUCUUUAAGAAUGUGCCUUGCUCUCACCGGCCCAAAGCUGCAGAUAUGGAUCUGGAGUGGCGACAAGGAAGUGGGGCAAGGAUGAUCUUGCAGGAUGAAGACAUCACCACCAAGAUUGAGAAUGAUUGGAAACGACUGAACACGCUGGCCCACUACCAGGUGCCAGAUGGUUCCGUGGUGGCAUUAGUGUCCAAGCAGGUGACAGCCUAUAACGCAGUGAACAACUCCACCGUCUCCAGGACCUCAGCGAGUAAAUAUGAAAACAUGAUCCGGUACACGGGCAGCCCUGACAGCCUCCGCUCACGGACACCUAUGAUCACUCCUGACCUGGAGAGUGGAGUCAAGAUGUGGCAUCUAGUGAAGAACCAUGAGCAUGGAGACCAGAAAGAGGGGGACCGGGGGAGCAAGAUGGUGUCCGAAAUCUACCUGACACGACUCCUGGCCACUAAGGGCACACUGCAGAAGUUUGUGGAUGACCUCUUUGAGACCAUCUUCAGCACGGCACACCGUGGCUCUGCCCUGCCCCUGGCCAUCAAGUACAUGUUUGACUUCCUGGAUGAGCAGGCUGAUAAGCAUGGCAUUCAUGACCCACACGUCCGCCAUACCUGGAAGAGCAAUUGCCUGCCCCUGCGGUUUUGGGUCAACAUGAUCAAGAACCCGCAGUUUGUGUUUGACAUCCAUAAAAACAGCAUCACAGACGCCUGCCUCUCUGUGGUGGCUCAGACCUUCAUGGACUCUUGCUCCACAUCAGAGCACCGGCUGGGCAAGGACUCGCCCUCCAACAAGCUGCUGUAUGCCAAGGACAUCCCCAGCUACAAGAACUGGGUGGAGAGGUAUUACUCUGACAUAGGGAAGAUGCCAGCCAUCAGCGACCAAGACAUGAACGCAUACCUAGCUGAGCAGUCCCGGAUGCACAUGAAUGAGUUCAACACCAUGAGUGCACUCUCAGAGAUCUUCUCCUAUGUGGGCAAAUACAGCGAAGAGAUCCUUGGACCUCUGGACCACGACGACCAGUGUGGGAAGCAGAAACUGGCCUACAAACUAGAACAAGUCAUAACCCUCAUGAGCUUAGACAGCUGAGAACCGUCCUUCCAGGGCCGCCCUGGAGGGGGACACACCAAGCCGUGCCUCAGUCUAGAUUAUCAUCUUUACCAAGUGCAAGUUCCGACUGGCAUCAGCAGCAUCCCCUGAGCAGCGCUGUUUCUUUCUGUCUCUUUCUCUCUGCCUCUUUCUGUUUCUCCCUCCUUCCUGGAUCUCUUCUCUUCCAGUUGCUCUGCCAACACAAUUGGACCAAGCCACUGACCCUCAGUUAGUCCAAGAAUGGCCAGGCCCAUGGCAAGGGAACUGACCAGAAGAUGUCAGAGGGGCCUCUCUCCCCCAGCUGCUCCUGACCCUGUGCAUGUCAGCAGCAGGAUGAGGAGCCAAGGACAGGGGACGUAUCUGUGCUGCUACUUCGCCUUCCACUUUGGCAGCCGCCGCUUCGAUCUGAGCCUUGGCCUAGAGAAGAGGCAAGGAAGUAGUUCAGUGUUAUCUUCACUGGGAAGACAUCGCCUGGCUCUCCGUUCCCACAGUUCCAUCUCCAGUGGUUCAGCCAGUGGUCUGAUCGCUUUGCAGCUGUGAGGAGAAAAGCCACACCUCCUGCAUGUGGCUGGAGCAGGACAUGUGUGAGCAGCUGGGAGGUGCUCCUUGAGGCUCCCUCUCCCCCGCUGGGAUGGCGUCCAGAGGCUUCCUGUCCUCUUUCAGGUCUCUAGAGGGACCUGCCUGCCCCGCCUGCUCCCCCGCCAGUAGAAAGCCAGGCAGGAGAAAGAAUAGCAGUUACAUUCCACCAUGGAGAUGCUCCUAACCUUUUCAUCUGAAUCCUAGCAGCAGAAGUGUAACACAGUGGGGGAGAAAAGGAAAGAGAGUUGCAUCUACCCUGGAAGCAGAAUUUGUUGUUUUCCAUUUACCCCCAAAUUCAAAUGAGUCACGAUCAUAAUCAUAGGUCUAGUCCAUUACCAGAGCCCUGAGUGCUGUCAAGAGAAAGCAUCUAUCUCCACCCUCCUUUGUCACCCUUCAUCAAGGGUCAACGUGAAAUGCAGAGUGCAUCUAGGAGAUUCUACCUCCAGCCAUCUCCAUGGCUCCAUCCCCACCAUCCUUCCUGAGGACUCCAUAGACGGCUGGGGCCAACAGCCUAGUCCCUGUUCCCUCUGCAGAAUCUGGUGCCAUUGCUAUGCAGACGACUUUGUCACUGGGCUGUCCAGACCUCUUUGGGAAUGAUUUCAUCAACAUCUCAGCUGUCUCUUUCAUCAUUCUCCUUCCUCAUCUCUUCAGCAGUCAUCCUUGAAAGAAACAGACUUAAGUACAGCCUCACAGAGACCACGCAAAAUGCCAGCCAACCUCAGCCUCCAGCUUGUCAGGUCCGGGAGGGACAAAGAAUCGCGCUGAUGGGCCUGGCUGGAAUUGAGAAGAGGGACAUACAAAUGACCUCGGCCUUGGCAUCCAUCUCCCCAUCUGUUCUUAUAUCUACAGAUGCACGAUUUUAGCCAGGCAGGCAAAUGUGUGCCUAGAAAUGGAUACCAGGUAAGCUAGAGGAUAUGGGGAGAUAUGGUCUAAUGGAGGGUUUUAGGAACCUUUCAUCCUAAGGAGACCUUAGGUGCUGUCUGGUCCGGUCUCCCACCCUAAGCAGGAGUCUCUGUUGGCACCUCUGCUCUGGAGUUGUUCACCACUAUGGGAGACAAGGAGAAACAUCAUCUUAGGUGAGGUUAAGGAGAAGGAGUCACAGUCUUGCCUUCACUCCCCAAACAUCAGACAUCGUUCCUUGUCACCCACUCAGAAUGAGCCCCACUUGGGGAAGAAACCACACCAUCUCCAGCAAAGUCCAUGGAGCAUCCGGUACUUUUACGAACACUUGCCCCUUUGGAUAUGAAUAUGUGCACAUGUGUGUGAGCGCAUGUGCAUGCGUGUGUGUGUCUGCCCCAGGUGUAGGCAGAAAGCGCAAAAGGAUUCCUUGUCCUUUGUAGGAGGAUUUUUGGUGUUCCCCUUCUCUUUCCCCUUGCUCAUCCAUUCAUCCUGCAGCUUCAGGACAUUUCAACCCUUGCUUUCUAUGCUGAGAACUGGCGGGUGGAAGGAGAGGUCACUUGUCCAUAGGAAAUCAGGGUGGUCACCUGCCGAGGCCUGGACCUUGGCACAGGGCAUCAUGUGACAUCGCAAAGGACAGAUGGUGGAAAAGACACGAGCAACCUAACGGGAAGAGGAAAAUGGGAAACAAUGCAUUGGAAGAGGAAGAAAAAAAUAACCAAAGGUUUUGGCAAGUGCAGUACCAGGUGGAGAAGCUUGGAUUUUUCUAUCCUUGAUCAUUUUAUUCCCUCCCAAGAAGUUACGGGACCUGGAAGGCCAGAAAGGGUGCAUGUGGAAGACGGUCUGAGGAAGUACCUCGGUCACUAAAAUAUUUUUGCACAUAUGAAGGGUUGGGGAGGAAAGAGACACGAACAUAUUUAACACAGAUUUGCUGGAUGGAAGCUGCGUGUGUGAACGUGUGUAUGAGUGAGUGUGUUUUGAUUUUUUUUUUUUUGCACAGUUGAGAAAAAAUUGAACAAGCAGAAAAAAAAGACUCAUAACAGUUCUGCUGAAGCUUUUUUUACCGGAUGAUUAUUGUUAUUGUUACUUUCGCGGUACAGGACUUUAUUUUUUUCCAUGUUUUUGUUAUAAGAAAACCUUCAAACACCUCAGAGAAAUAGAAAGGUUAGGAAGAAAGAGGAGACAAGGACAGACAAGUUUUCUGGCUGUCCCCAUUUCUCCUGGGGAGGGGUUUGGGGCCGGUUUGACUUUAAUUGGUGGGUGGGUUGUUUCUGUCGCUCUGUUUGCUGCAGUCCCCGUGGCCUGCUUGGGGACUGAGAAAUCCGAGCCAGGUAUCCAGAGCCACAGCCCAUCUUGCUUAUAAAAAUUUUAUGUUUCCUUUUGCUGUUUGUUUUCCAUUUCUUCCAUUUGGAUUCUUGUGCACAUGUGAUAUGUUUAAAAGCAAAGACAGGCGACAUUGUCAAAAAGUUGUCCUUGCCCCCCCCAUCCCCCACCCAAACCUAUUUUCCAAACUCCCCCAGGGAUCUUCCUCCCCCCAUGGCAGAGCAAAUAUCCAGGGGCUGCCCAGGUGGCUUGCAGGCUCCCAGAGAAAGGAAUUGGGCCAACUUGGUCCUGUGGGAUGGAGGCCCCCUCAUGGCCUCCCUCUAGGCAAAGUUAAUUUGUUGAGUCUUGGGCAGAGAAAAGGCCAUCUCCCUCACCUUUCCCUCCACCUCACCCCCUGUACCCUUCCAGGGAAAAAGGUACCAGACUGAGUCAUCAAAAUCACUGACAAAGUUUAGGUGGGGAUUUUGCAUGUUGGAGAGAGAAGGGCUUAAGGUAGCAGGGAAGGAGGGGGCUUUGUGGGGUCCUAAAUUUUAAGGAACAAGUAGAGGAAGACAAGAAAGAGAGCUGUAGGCUGGUCAUUUCUCCCGGGCACGAGUCCCCCAGAUGUAGCUUUUGCCCAUUCUUUGUCCUUCCCCAUAAGGAGAGAGCCUGACAGUUCUUGGUAGCUGCAAAUAAUAGUGCCACUAAGUGAAGGCAGCCAUCGUGCCAGUUACUUCCUCAGGAAAAUAUUUUCUUGCCUUCUUUCAAUAUGGUUUUAAAUUUGGGGACAGAGGAUAACCCAAGUGUCCCACAGGCCAAGGUACGUUCCAAUGGCAGCAUGACCCCCGCACCCAAAGUCAGCCCCUAGAGCCGCCCCCUUGUGCACCCACAGCCUGGUAAGUGAGCUUGGGUGCUUGCAAGGAGCUACGGGUGAAAGAGAAGUCAUUUUAAAUAAAUCCGAAAGUUUGAGGCAGACUGUCCAGGACUGUUCCCAAAAAGAAGCAGGAGUUACCCACAGGAAAGGUCUCUGACCUGGUCCCCUCAGGCCCAGCUACUUGCGCCCACCAGGAGUGAAGGUUAAUGUACUGGCCCAGCAUCUCCACCUCCCCCACGCAACCAGGUCCCUGGUACCCGUGUCUCCCGUUGCAUGUCUGGCUUCUGCCUGUGCUCCUCCUGCCACGAGAAUCCUCCCUGUCCCUCCCUGUCUCUCCUACACGCAUAGCCUCUGUCCCAGGGCCAUUUAUCCACUUAGUACAGGAGCUGCUCAGACCUCUCAGCCCAGCCAUCUGUGACUGCCCCAGCCCCUUCCCACCCCACCCAAAGCUGCCUUCCUGGCUGUGGGGGCUCCCUCAUCUGGUCAAGGCCCUAUGGGUCCCCAUCUGAGGAUCCACAAGUAAUGACUUCCCAAAUGACCUCUACUGCAAGAGGCAUCCUCACCAGUGUUUCCAGAGCCGUGAACGAUGCUGUGAUGAGCCCAGGUCUCAGCACCACCCUCUGUGACCUAAAAAGAAAAGCUCAAUUUCCAUCUGUCAUCUUUCCCAGGACCAAGGGGACACAGUAAUGUGAAGUCAAAUACUUAACCGAGCGUAGGGCCAGUAUUAUCAAUCAAGGACAAACCUCCCAUCUCACAGACAGCUGAGCAGUGAGGGAAAGACAGACACAGGUAGGAAGGUGCUCUGCAGGCACAAGGCCCAGAGGUGCUCCUCUCUGGGAACUUCCCCUGCUCCUUCCAGGAACAGUGAACCCAGUGAGCAGCCCCAGCCAACUCUUCAAGGCCAUCAAGGGGUCUUUCCGUGAAUGACUCACCUCCAGGAGCUCAGCUGACCCCCAGAGAAGACCCACCCCAGGCAGCUCAGUGCCCUGGCUUCUCCCCACGCCCCAAAUUCCCCAGCCAUCCCUCCUGGUCCUCGUCUACAUCAAGGGCCUCUUCCCCUCUUCCUGCCAGCACUCAGGACAGGUGACUGGGAGGACUUGACCCCUCAGCCUCUUCCUUUAAAAAACAAAACUGUGGGCCAUUUAUUUAGGAUUUUGGAGUUGUUUGGUUUUUGUUUGUAUAUUUUAAGAGUUUGAGAGUAAGAAGGGAGCCCUGCUAUGGAUGUUAAGUCCAAAUUACUUGGUUGGUGGGAGCAAAACCCAUGACUUACAAGGGGAUGAGGAGAACCUCAGAGGACAGGAAGAGCCUCCCACACUAAAGGAAAAAAAAAAAAUGGGUCAGGACAUUCCCUGGAUGAGGACAAUGCUAGGGGUGGCAUCUCGCAUGGCUGCUGCUAUUCCUGGUGCUUCCCCACACAUUUGACAGAUGGAGUCUUUCUCCUCCCUCCUCCCGCCACCUCACCCUACAGGCAUUCUCUGUAUAGGGAACAAGAGCCUUGUUUUAUAGAAUGGGGGACUGAGACACAGCCCCAGGUAACACUGACACAGCUCUCGAGAGAGGCUGGGACACUCUGCAAACCUCUCCUCAUGGUGCUGAGGGUGGCAUGCUCUCGACAGGAAACCUAAAUGACCACUCCUCUCAUUUGGAAGGUAAUUCACUGUAGUAAAAGUUUCAGACAUGCAAGAGAGAAGUUUUUUAAUACUAUAAAUUUUUGCUCCCCCAUAAAAUUAUUUUUUUAUUAGAGGGAGUAUCCAAGUUGUAAAAAUACAUAGAAUUUUUGGGUUGUAAAAGAAAUACAUACUCAUUAGGAUCCCAAUUAAAUUCCUCGAGUAGACUGGUGACUACCGGAAAGCAAAGCAAAGUUAAACAAAACGAAACAAAAUCCUUCAUAUACAAAAAGAACUUUCUGUUUGUAUUGGCAGAGGUAGUGAGGUAGGCUGAAAAUCCUGGGUUGGGGGAACCUCACCCCCUUUGAUGUCUAUGCUUGGCUCUCUGGGCUGCCCCUGGUACUGCUGAAUCCUAUACAUCUCUUAUUAGCUUUCCUCAGACUUUAGGGAGGCUCUGUUAGGGAUGGGUCAUGGGAAGACCCAAGUUUUCCCUCUGCCAGGAUUGCAAAAGUAAGUAGACUUGGUCUAUGCAGCUCAUCUUCCACCAAUUUCUUUAUGUGGAAUUAGAACUUCCUUUGUUAGUAUCUUUGAUCUUUUGACUCAAGCACAUUUUGGAAGGGCUCCCUUACAAGAGUAGAAUUUAAAACAGAGGAUACAGUUAAAGAGCAACCCAAACGGCACUUAAGAAACUGAGACCACUUCACCAAACAGGACUAAGGAACGCUUCCGUGCACAGAGGUCAGUCGCAAUCCAGGCACAGGAUGAAGAUGGGAUACACCUGCUCAUCUUCUCGCCUCCUUCCCUCUCCCUCCCCAACGUUCUCGUUAGCUUGUUGGCUUGCUAGACCUUCUGUUCUUUAAAAUGAAAAGCUAGCUUACCUCAAAUAAUCUUGUUUCCAUUUGGAAACCAAUGAUUUUGUGUUUUAGAACGGACGGCCCUCCCCUCACCACUCCCUACCUUGGCCUGGUGUCCUUGAGACAUGCCGUCUUUGCUUAGUCGUGUGUUGGCUGCUUUGAGCAGGAACAAGGCCCCCAGGCCCCGAGGUGGGAAGGAAGGAUUGGAUGCUGCUGCCCUCCUCCCCACUUUAGCAUGUAGGGGCCAGUCCACCUCUUCCAGCAGGGUCCUGCCGAGUUACCGUAGCAACUAGCAACUCCAGGGUACCGCAACAGACAAUGGCUCAGUGAGCUGACAUGUGGGGGUGAUGCAGGGGUUUUGGCCCGGCCAGAUGACCCAGAGUUGAGCUUCAAAUGCUAGAGGAGAAGGGAAGAAACAGGAUGGAUGGGUGAUUUAAGGAACCGGCAGGAGUCUGAGUCACAUAGAGAAGCCGCUGAAGGAGUUAGAGCAGGUUAUCUCUGUUCCAGUCACCCCCUUCCAGUCCCAUCCCACUUCUGUUUCAAACUAAAGCUCCCACCUCGAACACUGGCCCUUUGUUAGAACAAAGCAAAACAUAUCUUUAGACAACAGUGUUAAAAUGAGCCUCAAAUAUAUGUGGAUGAGAUCUCCAAGAAGAGGGUCUUCUGGUUUUGAUUUUUAAAGAAGAGUAUCCUAGUAAGAUAUUAAAAAAAAGAUUUAAAAAAGUUUUUAAAAAGGAAACCUAUGCUAUUUAAAUUGGAGCCCAGUUGUAACUUGGUAAAGGCAAGCUUCUGUACCUUUGUUAUAAUUAAUUGUAUACCUGUGUAUGUAAAUAUAAGGCAUUCCUAUUUUGCAGUUCAGAACAAAAAAAAAACUUAUUUGUAAUAUAGAAUAAAGUUUAUUAAAAAAUAAUAAAAAUGCA